AUGUCAACGCUUACAACAACAUCGUCAACAUCAACAAUUUUAUCAUCAACAACAGCAUCACCGUCGGAAAUUUACAUACCUCCUCGCACAACUUACAAAUGUCCCACUCAGUGCGACUGUUUCAACGUCGACGAGACGAUUGACUGCAGCCAUCGUGGUCUCAACCUUCUUCCAUCCUUCAGUUUCAAUACAAAAAGGUUGUACCUCGAAGAUAACCGAGUAUCGCACAUCGCGCUCGAUUCAUUUUCAAGUGCUCCUGAAUUGCUGCUGAUUGUUCUCGAGAGGAACGAGGUCAGUCAUGUCGACACUGCAUCCUUCUGCGCGUUCCAUAAAAAAUUAAGAAGACUGUAUCUGCAAGACAACAAAUUGAAAUACAUUAACGUAACAGGAGUGUACACGUUAGAAACUCUUGAUCUGAGUUACAACAAGUUGGAAUCAAUUCCAAAAGAUUGGUUAGUUGGUUUAAGAAAUUUGCAAAUUUUGAACCUGAGUCACAAUAACAUCAUAAGCUUAGAUUGGAAUGCAUUUAAGCAGUCAUCGAUCAUGCUUACAUUGGACAUUUCCUUCAAUAAAAUUACAUCGCUCAGUAACUUCGGACUGAACAGAUUAACGAAAAUUGAUGCCUCGCACAAUUGCAUUUCCAGUUUGGACGUGAACACCUUCGAGCACCUCCACCAAACAAUUACCGGCAUUGACCUCAGCUACAACAACAUAUCUACAUUUGAUUCUCAAAUAUUCAAACAGACUCACAACCUGCAAAGCCUAAAUUUGGCUUACAACAAACUUUUCAAA